CUUUGCAUGAUGAAGCGUUGGCACGCUGUAUGACCCUGGGGAAAAGGACACUGUCCAAGAUGGAUUCAAAGUUUGACUUCUGUCAAGAUGGUGACGCUGAUGAGACUUCCCUUUCCAAUAGUGACGGUUUUGUAGAAGAAGAUGGGCUGUCUAGAACUGAUGGGGCACCAGUGACUCUGCAGUCACUAGAUGAGAGUUGCAGAAACCUUUUUGUGACCGAUCUCCAGCCGGAAGACCAAGAUGAAGAUCUGAAUGCAACGCUGAGAAGUGGAGGCAGCACAUUAGCAGAUCUCUACCCCAGCAUGGUCAGUCGAAUCGGGAAGGUCUGGCACCGACAGCAUGUGUCUGACGCUGCUGAAUCCGUACUGAGGAGGUACCGAAGGUGGCGACAGUCAUCAAACAGAAAUAACCUCAACAAAACCUUUGAUGUCCUGCCAGGAAACAGCCAAAGAAAGAGAAAAGUCCAGCCAAGGCUCAGUGCGACAAAAAGCAGUGAACACACUCUUAAAUCACCCAUACGUAGAGCAACAAAUUUGAAGGCUUGGCAACACCACAAUCAGUCUCCUGGCAGGGGGAGGAGCCAAUUCACAAGAGGGCAGUAUAAGCCCAUCUUAGUCCUGGAUUUCAGUGGCCCCUCGACUGUUCCUUCUGUGCCUGAGACUUCGAAGUCAAAGCAAAUCCCACUGAAUGAGAUGUUCACUGUCUCUCAACUGUCCCCACAUUUGCCACCACAGCAGGAAGAGCUGCCCUCCAAAAUCACUGUCAGUCCUGCACGAUUCUUUAGCAAAAUGUCACAAAGAGUGCAGAAGUCCGAAUCCCCUGUGGCUGUAACACAAACCACUGCUUUAAAUGAAAGGUCCAUCAGCCAUGGCUCCCCAGUUACUCAGAGUCCCUUAAAAACAGGGAUGACGACCAGAGAAGGCCUUACUGAAUCACCUUUAGGGCUUUUCAGAAGCCCCAAAUCAGAAUUUGUGGGAAGCUGCUCCAGAGAACCUACCGAACCAAAGUCAAUGCCUUAUUUUCCAUCUUCACCAAAGCAAAAGCUCUGUAUGCCACCACGGAGGCUUUACACUCCAGAAUCUGAUUGUUCGGUCAGAGUACAUCCAUGUUCGUCUCAGCCAGGCAAAGCAACAAGCCGUCAUGGUCUACAGCGCCACCAUUCCUUCAAUGACGCCUUGCUGUCAAGCACCCCGUCUUACUCUGCAAAUCAGCUUGACGAUGAAUUGACUAAAAUCUUCCACAAGUUUGUCUGCAAGAAUAAACUGUACUCCAAUAAUUGCACUUCCUGCAUUUGUGCUUGGAGCUCAGAGGCCAGCAGAGGUCACUCUUCUUCAGUUUUAGCAGCUCUCUCCUUGUCGCCCCACCGUUCUGUUCUAAGGAAACGCCAAAGGGAAGUGGACCAUGUCUUCCAGCCACAGACCAAGCACUGCAGGAGGGAGACCUCCAUAUACUCACCAGGGUCCAGCUGUCAUAGCAAAAUGGUUCUGAGGCACCACCUCCUUCCUUCCGAGUCAAAGCCAACUUGUGAAUUUUGUCUCUGCCGUAGACAAAGUGCUUUUCGAAUGCUUGAAUGCCAGCAGUCCUCAGCAGUCACACAAGAAACGUGAUCGACUCCAGGCUGGCCUGCAUCUGCAGCCGCGUCUUCUGGCAUGUGUAAGUGGUUUUUAUUUUUUUUAUUGUAUGCCUGCAUUAUGAACUUUUCCAAAAUCAGAAUAUUAUACAAAUAAUGGAUAUUUCAGUGGAAUGGUAAGAAUACUUGCAUGAGUUGAAAGAUGGAAUUAUCUCUUUCAGUCACGAAUGGAAGUAUUCUUUCCAUUGAAUGAAUGGGCAAAGAUUGAAGCCUUUAUCUUUUUCUCUUGGUUGUUCCCGUUAG